AUGAGACAGCAAUUUGUGGGAGUGGUUGUAGGAACAGCCAUGCAACUGACAGCGAAAGUGCGAGUUGCUAGCCAGAGAGUACAUCCUAUUGUACACAAAUUAGUAACAAAACAUAAGAAUAUCCUUGCGCAUGAUGCUGAACAAGUAUGCUCUGUGGGCGAUGUUGUAAGAAUCGAGGCUUGCAGACCAAUAAGUAAGAGAAAAACGUUCAAAGUUUUAGAGAUCAUAAGACGUGCUAAAACGUGGACUGAUCCUGACAACGAAGAAGUCAAGCGAUAA